AUGCGUCUAUCAUUGCAAACGAUUUGUCGACGUUUGAGAAAUUUCGAACGAAAUAGACAUUUCUUCCAACAAUUAAGGCCUCUUUCGGUUCAAUCUUAUCAUGUUGCAAUAUCGAAAAGCUAUGACUCUUCAAGACGACGGCUUUUAGUCUUUUCCGGAGAUCGAUCAUCAACUGUUGCAUCUCUUCGGUUUUACAGCAAUCCGCAUGAAAAUGGAAGAGACGAUGAUGAUAAAAUCCCGAAUGAUACGAAAGAUAAAGAUACGGCGAUCGUGGAGCAAGUUGAAGAUAUGCUAGGAGGACCGAUGAGUACGAUAACUAUUCCGGAAGUGUGGCCUAUUGUACCAGUUAUUGCGAUCUCAAGAAAACCACUCUUUCCUGGCUUUAUUACACGGAUUGCUAGAGAUCAAGUACUAAAAGAAUUAUUGAGAAGGAAAGUACGGAUGCGUCAGCCAUAUGUUGGAGUUUUCAUGAAGAAAGAUCCUGAGAAUGAUUCUGAAACAGUGGAAUCCUUGUCUGAGCUUCAUGCAGUGGGAUCAUUUGCGCAAAUCAAUGUUAUGGGUGAUAAUGGUGACAAGAUAGAAUUGGUUCUAGUUGCUGAAAGGCGCAUACGUAUUUUAGAACCAGUUGUUGAUGAUAUCGAUAUAUCUGAAAAUAUUGGAAAAAUAAACGGUAGAAGGGCACGCCAAGAGCGCCGUAAAUCGGUGAAAAAUAAGGCAAAAGAAGAUGAAAGUUCGUUGGCUACAUCUCCAACAAUAACACUAGCUCGGACGGAAAAUGUCGUUUCGCAACCUGUUGAGAGAACAACUGAAGCAACAAUGCAAGCCAUAGUUAGUACGAUUCGCGAUGUAAUGCAAUAUAAUACGUUAUUUGCACAGCAACUUGGGUUAACUGCAAAUCCAUCAAAAAAUGUGGUUGACAAUCCUAUAUAUCUGUGUGAUUUAGUUGGAUCACUUGUAAGCGCUGAUCCAAUCGAUUUACAAAAUUUGAUGGAUGAAGAAGUUAUUGAAGAACGUUUGAAAUUAGCACUGCUAUUAAUUGAAAAGGAAAAAACAGUCGCAAAAUUAAAACAUGAUAUUAACAAGGAUGUGGAAAAGAAAGUUCAUGAUCAACAUCGUAAAUUCCUUUUGAAUGAGCAGCUGAAAGCAAUCAAAAAAGAGCUGGGAUUAGAGAAGGAUGACAAGGAAGCUCUGGCGGAAAAAAUACAAGAUCGCAUAAAAAAUCUAAAUGUUCCGGAAUAUGUGAUGAAAGUAAUUAAGGAAGAACAAACCAAACUAUCCUUUCUGGAUCCACAUUCCAGUGAAUUUUCAGUUGCGAGAAAUUAUUUGGAUUGGUUAACAAAUAUGCCGUGGGGUAGAACGUCGGAAGAUGUGCUUGAUUUGGAUAGAGCUAUUGACGUACUAGAUGAAGAUCAUUACGGAAUGAAGGAUGUCAAGGAUCGCAUUUUGGAAUUCAUUGCAAUUGGUAUACUUAAAAAGAAAGUAAGUGGUAAAAUUCUGUGCUUACAUGGGCCGCCAGGUACUGGUAAAACAAGUAUUGCACGAUCAAUUGCCCGAGCAUUAAACAGAGAGUACUUUCGAUUUUCGGUCGGUGGAAUGACGGAUGUUGCAGAAAUUAAAGGACACCGCCGUACAUAUGUUGGGGCGAUGCCUGGAAAAAUGAUUCAGUGCUUGAAAAAAGUACAAACUGAAAAUCCAUUAGUUUUAAUUGACGAAGUCGAUAAAAUUGGUGGUGCAGGCUACCAUGGCGAUCCGUCAUCAGCGUUAUUAGAGCUGCUGGAUCCAGAACAAAACACCAAUUUUAAUGAUCAUUUUCUUGAUGUUCCUGUUGAUUUGUCAAAAGUAUUAUUCAUUUGCACUGCAAAUAUCACGGAUACCAUUCCUGGUCCACUAAAAGAUCGCAUGGAAAUGAUCGAAGUGUCAGGUUAUGUUGCAGAAGAAAAAUUAAAUAUUGCGCAAAGUUAUUUGGUACCUCAAUGUAGAAAGGAUAGGUUUACUAGUGCAAAGAAUAUAUAUUCGAAAAAUUUCUUUUCCAGCUCACUGGAAGAAAGUCAGCUGCAGAUAACUUCCGAAGCGCUACAGACACUUAUCAAGCACUACUGUCGAGAAUCUGGUGUUCGGAAUCUUCAGAAGCAUAUUGAAAAGGUAUUUCGUAAAGCAGCUUUCAAAAUAGCCGGAGGAGACAGUCAGAAAACUGUUCAAAUAAUUGUUGACAACCAGAAUAUCGAAGACUUUGUCGGAAGACCUAAAUUCACUAGCGAUCGUUUGUACGAUGCAACACCGGUUGGUGUAAUAAUGGGUCUUGCCUGGACAGCUAUGGGCGGAUCGUGCUUAUACAUUGAAGCAUGUUUACGACGGAACUUGACUACAUAUAAAUCAACUUUAUCACGAAGCCCAAGUACUGAUAGUGGAUUUACGAACGAUUCGUAUAAUGAUGCAGUCAAUUCAUCGAAGCCUGACACAACCGUUCCAUUCGGUAGUUUAGAAACAACUGGACAUCUGGGUGAUGUGAUGAAAGAGAGUAUGCGUAUUGCCUACACGGUUGCAAAGAAUAUCCUUAGAAAUCACUUUCCGGACAAUGAUUUUCUCGACAAGGCGCAUAUACAUGUCCAUGUUCCGGAGGGUGCAACACCGAAAGAUGGUCCAUCUGCAGGUUGUACAAUAACAUCUGCUUUAUUAUCGUUGGCUUUGAAUCAGCCAGCUCGACAAAAUGUUGCAAUGACGGGUGAAAUUUCUCUUACUGGAAGGAUAUUACCAGUCGGUGGAAUUAAAGAAAAAGUCAUUGCUGCCAAAAGAGCUGGAGUGAAUUGUAUUAUAUUGCCGGAAGAGAAUCGGAAGGAUUUCUCGGAUCUGCCCGAUUUUAUCCGAGAAAAUGUUGAUAUACAUUUUGUUUCACAUUACGACCAGAUAUAUAACAUCAUAUUCGGAGAUGUGAAUUAA